UCUUGCUUUCUCUUUCUCCGCAAGUACUACUACUCCGUUUUACUUGUAGUUUAGUAACUCCCCAUUACUACCAAUAUUUGUAUUCCUCUGGAGGAGUAUUAAACUCCACUGGCGGGGACUGGUGGGAGUUUCCACUUCUCUCUCUCUCUCUCUCUCUCUCUCUCUCUCUCUCCUCCCUGUCUUUUUCUCUCGCACUUUCUCCCUCCGCCAGUUCAUACGAAGCUUAUCUCUUCUGGCUAGAUUUCUUUCCGAUUCGAUCCUCAUACACCGACAGAGAGAUAACUCACUCAUAGCCGGCCACUCUCUUUCUCUAUUUCUCUUUCCUUUUAUAGUUUGAUAUUGCGAUAUUCUCGGCUUCAACGGAACAGGAAGAAAGAAAGAACCGAUUGUCAGGAGGUCUUCUUUGUUCCAAGAUUUUGCCCCCUGAUUCCGCUAAAGCUUCAUUCUCAAAUCUCCCCCAAAUGCCUUACUUUUUAGCGAUUGGUGUCUGUUAUUAGGGUUUUGGUUUGGGCUUUCUUGCUCGCCUACUCUGGAAAUCCCUGCUCUGAUCAAACCCAAGUCGGUGGUUGAAGUAAUGCUUGCAAGAUUUUAGGGGUUCUUUGCAAGUUUCUUGUGCGCAUUCUUGAUUUAGUUUCAGUUGUACGUAAAAAGGAGUCGACUUUCUACGAUUGAUUACCUUUCAGACUUGGGGUUUCUUCCCUGGUUGCAAGAAAAUCAGCAUCGAUGGGGCUUCUUGGGAGGAGUCUCGCGAUGCUUUCCGUUUUGUUAUGGAUCUUCUGGUUGCCGAAACUUGGGGCUCAAUUUCCUGCUUCUUCAUUAACGGCUGCACGUGCCCUAGAUUCGCUUCUCCAAGACUAUGCUUACAGGGCAUUUGUGCGUCCCAGGACCGGCAUUGUCUAUGAUGGGGAUGUACCGUCGAAUUUAACCGGGAUUAAGAUUUCAGCAUUGAGGUUGAGGAGAGGAAGCUUGAGGAGUAGAGGUGUCCAGGCAUACAACGAGUUUAAGAUUCCUAAGGGUGUUGUUGCGCAGCCACAUGUGGCAAGGCUUGUUCUUGUCUACCAAAACUUGGGCAAUUGGUCUUCGAUGUAUUACCCGUUAGCCAACUACACGUAUUUAGCUCCAGUGUUGGGUCUUCUUGCUUACAAUGCAUCAAACUUAUUGGCAAAAAAUUUGCCCGAAUUGGAAAUCAGGGCAACCAGUCAACCCAUAUCAAUCAAUUUUUCAGGUGUGAAAGCUGUGCCAGAUGGGUCGGUUGCAAAGUGUGUUUGGUUCAACUUAAGCGGUUUGGUCAAUUUCAGCGAUCCAGUGUCUGAUAACACAUGCUCAACCUUUGAACAAGGGCAUUUCUCUAUUGUCAUCAAGUCCAUUGCCCCUUCUCCCUCACCGGUAUCUCCUGUACCACCAGCGGGAGCUCCGAAUCCAACUGGUGGAGGAAAGAAGAACCAUACUACUCUAUGGAUAAUUCUCGGGUCAGUGCUUGGUGGUCUAGCGGCAUUGGUUUUGUUGGGGUUCCUGGCACUGUGGGUUGCAGGAUACAAGCAAAGGAAGCAAAUGCAACAAAUGGAAAGGGCUGCAGAAGUAGGGGAAUCACUACAGAUGACCUCGGUUGGGAGCACAAAAGCUCCAGCUGCGACAGUCACACGAACACAACCGACCCUUGAGAGUGAAUAUGUGCUCUAGCUUCUGUCAUAUACUGUACAAGCCGCCUCCUCCCAUUCAUAUUCAGAAUUCGUUCUUGCACCAGCUAUUCUUCUAACCAAACCUGCUUUCCACAGCUGUUUUUUCCCCCCUCCCUUGGUUUGUUGAUUCUAGGCACUUUUGUUUUAGUGUGGGUUAUAUUGGGUUAUUGUGUAGGAUGAUAAUCUGCUAUCGCUCACAAAAAUCUUUGUAAGUUUGAUGAUUCAUUGUGGUGUGGGUAGUAGGCUGUAGCUAAGAGUGAAGAUUCCAUUAAUGUGAUGAAUUUUGCUGUCCCAUUGACAAAGAAUAAAAGUUUCUGGUUUUCCCUUCCAA